AUGUCCGAUCCUUCCGAAUUUCUUUGCAUCGGCCAGAUCCUCGUCGCCGUGGAGCAUCUCGUCGUCGACAUGCGCCCUUCCUGGGUUCCUCCUGUGCCUGUCGUCGGUGCUGCUGGACCCUGCUCGCGAGAGCUCUAUGGCAGCCUUGGCGGCGGCGGCCGCCGUGGCAGCCGAUUCGAACGCGGCCUGCGCCGCCUCUUCCACGUCCUUGAAUGUCAGCUUCGAGGCGGCCUUGUCUCCCUCCGGCCCCUCGGCCCGCGGCGUCGCGUGCCGCCGCUCGGCGUCGUCGUCGUCGUCGUGCCUCUUCUUCCUGUGGCCAUGGCCAUGGCCAUGGUGGGAGCGGCGGGCCGGAUCCUCGUGGUGGUAGGAGUCGGCGGCGUCGCUGUGGAGGCGCACGGGGAUGUCUUUGUCGGCGCCGAUCUCGAGGAGCACCAUCUGGCGGCUCUCGAGGCUGGGCAGCGCGGUGGAGAGCCGCUGCACGAGCUUGGCGUUGACGCCGCAGCCGGCGCGGAGCUCGGCGGCGGCGGACGCGAAGCCCCGGCCGAACCUGGCGGCGAGGAGGGCGCGGGCCUCCUGCAGCUCGGGGAGGUCCCCGCAGCGCGCCGCCGCGUAGCAGAGCCCCGCCGCCGCCUCCCGCAGCUCCUCGGGGCAGUCGCGGUGCGCGUCGUCGAGCAGGGCGGAGCGGUCGGCGAGGAGCGCGCAGUAGGCGUCGAGCAGUAG